AUUUCACUAUAAAAAUGCGAGGAGAGUAUGUCAAGAAAUCAGAUUACUAUCUGCACUUGCCGAUAAAACUCAAUCAAACUAUUUCAGUUUUCUUACCGAAAUACCAAAACAAAAUUCUGCAACAUGAAAUUCUUCUUGGCUAUCAUUGCAUCCUUGGCUUUGGUCUUGGGAGUUCAAUCCUUCGUAUUGCCCUAUGGCGUUCCCCAAGUAGUCGGUGGUGGUCUCUCAUAUACUGCCGUAUCAUCUCCCUACUUCCCCUAUGCUGCUCAUGGUCUCGGUGUGCAUGGCCCAAGUGUUGCUGUCCACGCUCCCGUUGUUGUUCCAGGUGUACAGGGAACCUAUGUUGCCAAGACACGCGGCGCUGUUCACACUGCUCCAUUGGAGGGACACCUGAACUCUGUGGCCAAUGUUAAUGUGGCUCCUGCUCCCGGAACUCUGUAAAAGAUUUGUGGAAUGAAAUGUACAUAGGGGGUAUUUUAAGAUUAUCAGAGAAACGAUUUUAUAAUUAUAGAACUUAAAUAUAAAACAAAUUUGCAAAUCAAAACAA